CCAGAAACCUCAGUGUUGACUAACGACCGGGAGCGAAUAAAGAACAAAAGUGUGAUAUGUCGCUGUGAAUAGCCAAUUAUCUGUGUGUUUUCGUGCUAAAUCAGAAAGUUUCGCGCAAAGUCAAGGCCACCGCGGACCGCAAAUCAGUGCGAUGGCGGGAAGCAUGUCCUCCAGCUCGAACGGUGAGCUCAAAAAGCUCUCAGAGGAGUCGCUAUUGCAGCCGCCGGAGAAGGUUUUCGACAUUAUGUACAAGCUGGGCGAGGGCAGCUACGGGUCGGUGUACAAGGCGCUUCACAAGGAGAGCAGCUCCAUUGUGGCUAUUAAGUUAGUGCCUGUGGAAUCCGACCUUCACGAGAUCAUCAAGGAGAUAUCCAUUAUGCAACAGUGCGAUUCGCCGUACGUGGUACGUUACUACGGCUCCUACUUUAAACAGUAUGACCUGUGGAUCUGUAUGGAAUAUUGCGGAGCCGGAAGCGUAUCCGACAUCAUGCGACUGCGUAAGAAAACGCUAACGGAGGACGAGAUCGCCACUAUCCUGUCGGACACGCUGCAGGGCUUGGUAUAUCUGCAUUUGCGUCGCAAGAUCCAUCGCGACAUUAAGGCGGCUAACAUCCUGCUCAAUACAGAAGGCUAUGCCAAGUUGGCCGAUUUCGGAGUGGCCGGCCAGCUCACAGACACAAUGGCCAAAAGGAACACAGUGAUCGGAACACCUUACUGGAUGGCCCCUGAGGUAAUCGAGGAGAUUGGUUAUGAUUGCGUAGCCGACAUAUGGUCUCUAGGAAUCACUGCCCUGGAAAUGGCAGAGGGAAAGCCACCUUAUGGCGAUAUUCAUCCCAUGCGAGCCAUUUUCAUGAUUCCCCAGAAGCCUCCACCAUCGUUUCGCGAGCCCGAUCGCUGGAGCACAGAGUUUAUUGACUUUGUAAGCAAGUGCCUGGUAAAAGAGCCGGACGACCGAGCCACGGCCACUGAACUGCUAGAGCACGAGUUUAUACGCAAUGCAAAGCACCGAUCAAUUUUGAAGUCAAUGCUGGAGGAGACAUGUGCCAUACGCGAGCAGCAGCGGGCCAACCGGAGUGCCGGCGGAAUAUUCGCCGCCAGCCAGGCCAAGAGUUUGGCCACUCAGGAGAACAGAAUGCUGCAAAACAUACAGGACAAUGCAUUCAUAGAGGAUCCCGGUACUUUGGUGCCAGAGAAGUUCGGUGAAUACCAACAGAGCUCAGCUUCGGAUGCCACUAUGAUAGCGCAUGCUGAACAGAGUGUAGAUGAGGGCACGUUGGGGCCUGGUGGCCUAAGAAACCUGGCCAAGGCAGCAGGUCCAACAGCUGUCGGCGUAGCCGCAUCGUCUGCCGCAUCUCCACUAGAUGUGCCGACUGUAGACAGCGGAACAAUGGUAGAACUAGAGUCGAAUUUGGGCACAAUGGUAAUCAACUCGGACUCUGACGACUCUACAACGGCCAAGCGCAAUGACGAUCAGAAGCCACGCAAUCGCUACAGACCGCAGUUCCUGGAGCACUUUGAUCGCAAGAAUGCGGGAGAUGGUCGCGGCGAUGAGAAAUCCGUGGCCACCGAGUAUUCCCCGGCGGCAGCCGAGCAGCAACACCAACAGCAGGAGCAGGAGGAACAGCACCUGGCCAGCGGGGCAAACGAUCUGACCAACUGGGAGCACAACAUGGAAAUGCAGUUCCAGCAGAUCUCCGCCAUUAAUCAGUAUGGACUGCAGCAGCAUCAGCAGCAGCAACAAGUUCUCAUGGCUUAUCCCCUGAUGAACGAACAGCUCAUUGCGCUCAAUAAUCAACAGAAUCUGUUACUCAGCAAUGCUGCGCCAAUGGGCCAGCAGGGAAUACCGGCAGCAGCUGCAGCUCCAGCUCAGCCGCCGCCCGCAUAUCAGAACCAGCAUAUGCAUACGCAAUCGCAUGCAUAUGUGGAGGGUGAGUUUGAGUUCCUCAAGUUCCUCACCUUCGAUGAUCUGAACCAGCGGCUGUGCAACAUCGAUCACGAGAUGGAGCUAGAGAUCGAGCAACUGAACAAGAAAUACAAUGCCAAGCGGCAGCCAAUUGUUGACGCCAUGAAUGCGAAACGUAAACGCCAGCAGAAUAUCAAUAAUAAUCUGAUUAAGAUAUAGGUAUAGCAACUCACAAUUUCGCAUGACAAAUGAAAAUUGAAUUUCAACUCACUCAGAGACCUCUGCGUCGGGUUGAGUUCGCAGAUAAAUGCAACAAUUUACAGACGCAUCAUCUGUAUCCUCAAGAAAUUGUUCAUAAUAUGGGCAAAUUCAACCUGGUGGAAAGGCCCAAAACCAAUCACAAGAAAUGAAAACACAAAAGCUUUAUUGUAAAAUGCAGUGAAAACAGGAAUGAAAUGUGGUCAGAGGAGUCGUCGGCAGAAUCUUCCAGCACGAAUAUAUGUGUUCUGUUCCACUUUUGUUUUCAUCACAAUUUCGUUUGGUUUCGUAUAUUUUAGCUUUCAUUGAUCUGUUCUGAUCUGUCUUCUAAUAUUGAUAUGUUCGAAUAAAAUUUGUAUUGCGUUUAUUGUA